AUGCCGCCUGAUCUGUUCGAUUCUGACUACAGAAAUGAUGUCGGAAUGCCUCCAGCUGCUCCCCUUGCUUCCGGUAGCAGACAGGCCAGGUCUUAUUUGCAGCGUUCUCACUCAGCGGCCCGAAAAUCUAGAUCGCCUAUUCCCUUGGCAGAUAGGAUCGGUCCCAGAACGUCAAAAAGCCCUAAAAGUUUCUUUAGAAGCACACCACGUUGUCUUUUUUGGUCAAGUCCCAACAGAGUUGGGCGUUCUCGGGGCUGUUUGAAUAAACAGCUUCCAAAGCCUCAUCAGGCAAAAGGAAAGCAACAAGCCUUCCAGGCCUGUGCAGAGCCUCCUAGAAGGGCAUCACCUCCCAGACCAGGUCCAAAAUCCAAAGGGAAAGAAAGGUGUAUUUCCAACACACCCCCACCUUCUUCCCGUUACUCUUCCGAUAACGCAGAGGAAGACAUUGUUUUCUUCCCAGUCCCUGGAGCCAAAAAGCCAAGAUUGUUUGCUGCUCCUAUUGCAGAGUUGGUGGAUCCUUCUGCGUCUCCAUUGGCAAAAUCUAUCCAAAGACUUGUUACAAUUUAUAAAGCUGAUAUCAACCAUUACAUCAAUCAAUACAACUGCUCCCCCAACAAACCAGCUAGUUGGCCUUCAUAUCUCACCAAAGACCUUCUCGAGUAUCAAUGCAUUGAUUUGAAGAAGUUAUGGGGGGAAAUGGAAUCAAAGCCUUCUUCUGAAAUUUUCUUUUUCAAUAAGAAAUCCAAGAAGAAGGAUGUCAAAGGGGUCACAGACCCUCUUUCUAUUCAAGACCUCUCUGAGUUUAGUCAGGUCAUGGAGGUUCUCAGGCACGCAUACUUGGCUGCUUUCUAUUUUGCAGCUUUGUCAAUCAAAUCUUACUUUGAUCAUAUUGCGAAAUUAUGUUGCCACCAAUCCCGGAUCCAUUGGACUCAUGUCAGAAAUUAUGAGGCAGAAAUUCAUCAAGCUUUUUUGCAAAGACCUUCAUUGGCAUGGGGCAACUUUGGCGCUCCGGAGCUUAGGGUUUUUGAAGGCCAAAAUCUCAAUUCUCGUUCUGUCGAUAGACCUGUGUCACCGGAAGUUCCUCCUCAAGCUAUUCAAUCCUCUUCUCGCCUGCUCCUAAAAAGACUAAGAGGAGUUUUCCUCCUUAUAAGAUUAAGGAAAGUGAUGAUGUGGCUGUUGAAGAUCAGUCUUGCAAUAAUUGGAAUGCAAAUGUCUGUCCCCUCUCAGCCAACGACUGCAAGUACGCGCAUGACGUAUGCAACAAGUUGGGAUGCUUUGGCAAUCAUGAAGGAGGCAUUGCUCACCAACAAGCCUAAUUCUCGGAAGUUUGUAAGAAAUAUGGAAACUGAUGAAUUAUGGGAUGGUUUCUCUGGAUCUGUUGAUUUCUCUUUAUCUGCGGAACCUCUUCCUUCAGCUCCGCCUCUCAAUUCUGAUGUAUAUGCUUCUAGAGCAAUCCGUUGCUGCCCUGACAUCUUCAAAAUUUUCACGCCAAUCAAUGUACCUCGUCUUUCACUUCUACUCAAGAAUCACCCCAACAGACCUUUUGUCAAUUCAGCAAUCCUAGAGGAAGAGGCUUCUCUUGUCCUCACUAGAGAUCAAGAGAUGGAUCUUGGUCACUAUUCCCCUGGUUUCCAAAGUCUUCUUCUGGGGAUGAAAGUCUUGCCGCUGUGCUUAGCUACUAAUCAGGUUUUUGGAAAAGUUCAAACUUGUACCAAUAUGAGUUACGGUCAUCCUUCCCCAAAUAGUCUCAUCGAACGCGCCCACAUCCAAAUCAAACUCAACAGAUUCUUCCAGUUUCCCAACAGUGGCAAUACAGGCAAAUCCUUUGGAUGUGCUAGCUCCCCGAAGUUAUGGUGCUCUUUUUUCUCGUUAAUUCUAUGGAUUGCUUUUCAUGAAUUCGGUAUCAAGGAGCUAAAUGCUUAUAUGGACGACUUGUGGGGUGUAGGUUCAGCUUUUGAUUUAGUUCAAUUUAAAGGUCACAUUGUACCUUUGAAUCAGGCCAAAUUUCUUGAGCUUUUUGACUAUAUCAAUAUUCCUUGGGCCUGGGGCAAGCAAGUUUGGGGUACUGAGUUGGAUAUCAUUGGACAUUCUAUUAACUGUGAUACCCUCUCUAUCUCUCUUCCUUCAGACAAACGCCUUGCACUCAUCGACGCCCUUCAAACCUUCAUAAUCCCCUCAUCUCAACCUCUUGUGGCUUGGCAACGCAUCACAGGAUGGGCCAAUUGGGCUGUUAAUAUGUUCCCCUUAGGCAUGUGGGCUAUUCAGUCUUCUUGGGAAAAGAUAGCCAGAAAAUCUCUUUGUAACGCUUUAGUCCCUUGCAAUAAGGCUGUCACAGAGGAUCUCACUUGGCUAGCCGGCUUGCUGAAGGCCUGGUCAGGCCGGAAAAUCCUCAAGAACAUCUUUUGGAACCUUCAACUGGCUGACAUGACCUUCAUAGUUGACGUGUGCCCUACGGGCAUCGGCCUUUGCUGUCCUAAGCUCAAUUCAGCUUGGAGCGAGAAAUUUCCGCCUCCUUCUCGCGAUAACUUCCGGGCUGAGUUGUUGGCGGUUGUAACAGCUAUUGACAUUGCCUCGCCAAGCGCAUUGCCCGCGGUCUCUGUCAUGCUCAAACAAAAUCUUGAUGUCAAAGUGAGACACGUGGCAGGCAAUGACAACACCAUUGCCAAUGACCUUUCUCGCAACCGGAUUUCAGAAGUUAAAGUGAUUCGACGCUCAACGACAGUAGCCAAGCAGACGCCUCUCUCUUUCUUUGAAAGAGAGGCUCUCAAUCAGUUCCACAUUUCUAAACACCUUGAGCCUUCAACCAUCCUCAAGUAUAAAUCUGCCACUCGACACUUUCUAAAAUUUUGUCAAGAUCAUACUUUGGAACCCGUCCCUUUGGAAUUCAAUCUUGCUCACUUUGUUUUGGUGACUUGUUUAGAUUUAUCACCGGGCACCGCCAACAAGUACCUCACCGGCAUUGUUUUUUGUCUCCGAGACCAAUUUCCCUUUGUCGUUGCUGCUUGUGCCUCCCAACACGUCCAACUUUCGGUUCGUGGCUGCCAAAAGCUUUUGUCCGUUCCAGUUGUUUGCACUAAACCUUUCACCUUACUCAAUGUACAUCUUUGCGCCAAAACUUUCUUGUCCUCCUUCAACAAUCAACUCUUCAAUACCAUUAUCGCCCUUGGAUUUUCAGGCCUCCACCGCCUCGCUGUGAAACAGCCGCAACUUACACCUUGCCUUACCACAAAGCCCACAAGCUGUAUCUCAGUUCCUCCAUCGUCAGCCUUAAUAGGACUGAUGAUCCAACUCGUCCUAUCAAGACUAUCAUCUCCUAUACUCUCAACAGAGAUCGCCGGUUUUGUAGCUCUCCCUUCUGGCUCUUGCGUGCCAAUGGCUUGGUCCCUAAGCGUACUUGGUUCAUGA